UCCGCCGGCCCCGGCCCCCGCGGCGGGCUCUCCCGCGGGCGGCAGGAUGGCCGCGAAGCCGGCCGAGCUGAUGGGCAUCUGCUCCAGCUACCAGGCGGUGAUGCCGCACUUCGUCUGCGUGACCGAGGAGUUCCCGCCGCCCGCCCGCCCCGCCAAGACCCCCAAGGGCAAGCUGCGGCGGCCGCGGCAGUCGCGCUUCAAGACGCAGCCGGUGACUUUCGACGAGAUCCAGGAGGUGGAGGAGGAGGGGGUGUCCCCCAUGGAGGAAGAAAAGGCCAAGAAGUCCUUCCUGCAGUCGCUGGAGUGCCUGCGGCGGAGCACCCAGAACCUGUGCCUGCAGCGGGACCGCCUGGGCAGCUGCCGCCUCCGCAACAGCCUCGACUCCAGCGACUCGGACUCGGCUCUCUGAGGGCGGCGGGGCCCGGCCCGGCCCGGCCCGGCCCGGCUCGGCUCGGCUCGGCGGUACCGGCCCGGCAGCGGCGGCACGGACUGAGCUGCAGGGAGCCGCGCCGCCGGCGGCACAGGAGCGCCGGACGGACAGCCGGGUCGGGAUGUUUUCUAAGAAAGCGCUUGUACCUUCGUUUCUAUUUGAUUGUAUGAAACUCACCAUUUAAAGACAAAAAAGAAAAAAAAAAUCUUUUCUAUUCGUUAGAAGAAAUGAGCUGUUUUAGAUGCAUUGAGCUGCUGGAUUUAAUAUUUAUUUUUGCAUUUAAACUGUUGACUGCAUUAAUUUAAUAUGUUUCUACCUGAAUGUCUGUUAUUAUUUCCAUAAAAGAGUAAUAAAUAUGAUAUAUUUGCACAGUG